GGUGCUCGCGAUAUUUGCCGCAUAUAUAGCCCUUCCAAGGCUGAGAUCUUCUCCUCCCGCCUCCUGCACUUAUUCGGAGCCGUCUCGGAGUACCCAGAGCUGUACACAACAAUGUCUUCCGGAAAUGCCAAAAUCGGGAAGCUUGCGCCUGACUUCACAGCAAAAGCCGUGAUGCCCGACGGGCAGUUCAAGGAUCUGAAGCUCUCCGACUACAGAGGAAAGUACGUUGUAUUCUUCUUCUACCCCUUGGACUUCACGUUUGUCUGCCCGACCGAGAUCAUCGCAUUCAGCGACCGGGUCGAGGAGUUUAGGAAGCUGAACUGCGAAGUGAUCGGCGCCUCCGUGGAUUCGCACUUCUGUCACUUAGCUUGGACCAACACUCCACGUAAAGAAGGCGGUCUGGGCGCCAUGAAAAUCCCUCUGGUGGCCGAUACCCUGCGCACCAUCUCUCAGGAUUAUGGUGUCCUCAAGGAGGAUGAAGGGAUCUCCUACAGGGGUCUGUUUAUCAUCGAUGAUAAAGGACUUCUGCGCCAGAUCACCAUUAAUGAUCUGCCUGUCGGCCGCUCGGUAGAUGAGACUCUUCGGCUCGUGCAGGCGUUCCAGCACACAGACAAAUACGGAGAAGUCUGCCCCGCCGGCUGGAAACCGGGAAGCGACACCAUCAAACCCGACGUCCAGAAAAGCAAAGAGUACUUCUCCAAGCAAAAGUAAAGGUCGAAAAUGCCUGCAGUCCUGACGAGAUGGGGCUUUUGUCUCGUGUUUUAAGGGGAAAAGGGUUUUUUUUGUAAAGUUCUUUCAAACCUUCAAACUUUAGUUCUUCCCGUAGUGGUUGUUUUUCAUUAUGGGUCCUGUUAACCCUGUAUGUGCCCCAGAGGUGUGUAGUGCAUUAGUUAUACUUGACUCCUGGACUGCCUGCUUGUUAGUACAGCAGGCCACGGCAGCAGAGAAUCCUGUAUGUGUGAGAAUGUUCCUCAAAACCUCUGCUAGGUUAUCAAGUUUUGUAAUUAAACUGACCAGUGACUUAGAAAA